AUGCCAAGUUGGUUCAAGAAGGACAACCUGUUUGCUGUUAUGUUUGUGAUCCGUGUGCUGCAGGGACAAUCUCCACUCAGGAAGGUGGGUGACUCAGGGCUCGUCUACAUUUACUUUUUUGCCCCAUGCUUUCUUAGGCACAUGUCCACACUUUCCCAGUCGGCGAUUGUCAUUUGCUCUGAUUCAAUGCUAAAAUGCAGGUUUCCUCACGGAAAGCACAGGGAUGGGGGAGGGGGAGUGUAGAAAUGUGGAACAAAAUGAAUUCUGGGCGAGUCCUAAAUUUUGUUCCUCAGUUGUGAAACCAUCGUGCUUUAAACCAUGAUCGAAAUUGUAUGGGAAAAAUACGGAAUAACAGAUAGAAUCUUGCUUAAAAUGUAUAUAGGAAGUGCAGUGUAAGCGACGGAAGUCAAUCAAUGAAAUUUUAUUAUUUUCAUAUUGAGAUAUUUGUAGAAUAAAUUUGGAAGAAAUUCUUCCAACUUUUCUACUUCUUUUUUUCUUUAUUUUUUCUUCUUUUUUCGUUUCUUCUUUUUCUCUUUUGUUCCUAUUUUCAUGUAUAUGUGCUUAUUUGAAGUGUAUAUGUGUGUAUGUACUUGUGUUUUGCUUAUAUUUUGUAACAAUUAUGUUAAAUUUAAAAAAAUAAAAAAUAAACCAUGAUGGAGUGUAAACAAAUAAACAACUUAGUUUUAUUUAAGAGGUGCUUCCUCAUACGUUGAACCUCUGGGUAGGGAAUGAGUGGACACUGGACAGUGUUCACAGAAGUACUAUAUUUUACUGCUGCUUAAUCAUAAGCACUACCACAAAGAGUUAAUUCUAGCACUCUCCUGUGUUAAUAACAGUGAGAGGUGUAUCUAUUAACACAUGAAUAAAUUUGGUCAUGUUACCCAGUACCCAUCUUCAGUGCAGGCGACUGUCACAAUUGGAUCAAUAUCUUUUGCCCAAAAUGGGAAGUCUGGAUCACAAUGCCUAGAAAGAGUGUGUGAUUGUUGUUCUCAGGCAUUUCCAGCUAUCUCAAAUAGGUUGUCAGGAAUGAGCCAGCUCCUAGUGGAACUUUACAGCCGGCUGCAGAACAGAGAUGGUUAGAUCUGAUGCAGGCUGAACAGCGGCCAGUGCCCAGUGCACCUCCUUCGGACAUUGGAAUGCCGGUUGCCAAGGGAACGACUGAGAGCAGGCUGGAACACAGCCAAAGCUCUCAGGAAGCUCAAACAAGCAUGAACAGACACAGAGAUAGUUUGUUGGAAAAGGAAGAGGCUGGAGCUGAUCCAAUAAGUCCAAGUCCGCGGCGAAUGGGAGGGCUGCUAGACAGGAAGCAAAACAAGAGAUGUAAGGGGCGACGGUUCAAUAUUUUCUGUAGACAUAGGAAGGAGUCUUCAGAAGGGUCAUCUUGAAUGGUAAUGUCAGUGGCUUCGUUAGAGCUGCUCGGAGCUAUCUGUUUGUUUUUGCAAUAAAUCCUGCUUUUUAAUUACCUAUGCUUACUAUGUUAUCAAGCUGGGAACCUGGACUCCUGACAUAGGUCCUGCAGAAAGAAAGUGUGAUAACUUGUUUCUCGAUGAAUUGGAUAAUGUGAGAUGAAAGAAAUAACUUCAGGACAGAAAGCACAGAGUUGGUCUUAUGGAUGCUGCUGAUUUCAUUCCCACCCUACUUUAUAUAUGAUUGGGACAGAUGAAUAUUCUGGAGUAUAAACUAUCAUGCUGAAACAUAUAUAUUAUGGAAUGUAACAGAAUACAUAAUAUUACUCUUCUAAGCUUCCUGUUAGGACUACUGAAUGCUCUCCUCUUACUUUCAGAUGCAGACUAUUGCACCACAUGUCCAGAAGAUCAGCACCCAAACGAGCACCAAAAUCAAUGUGUCCCCAAGGUUAUCACCUUUCUUGCCUAUGAAGACACUUUAGGGAUCACAUUGGCGUCCUUUGCCCUAAUCCUCUUCUUAACCACCGGUUUUGUUUUUGCCAUCUUUAUUAAAUACAUGGACACUUCCAUAGUCAAAGCCAAUAACCGAGACCUCUCCUACAUACUUCUUGUAUCUCUCUUGCUUUCCUUUUUGUCCUCCUUCCUUUUCAUCGGCCGCCCAAGGAAAGUGACCUGCCUUCUCCGACAAACAGCCUUCAGCGUCAUCUUCUCAGUUGCUGUUUCUUCUGUGUUGGCAAAAACCAUCACAGUGGUGCUGGCCUUCCUGGCUACAAAGCCAGGGAACAAGGUGAGAAGAUGGCUGGGGAAAAGUCUGGCCAAUUCCAUUAUCAUAUCCUGUUCCAGUGUACAAGUUCUCAUCUGCACCAUCUGGCUGGGCAUGUCUCCCCCUUUCCCGGAGUCUGACAUGCACUCCCAGCCCCGAGAGAUCAUCCUGCAAUGCAAUGAAGGGUUUGUGGCCAUGUUUUACAGUGCCCUCAGCUACAUGGGCUUCCUGGCUGCCAUCUGCUUCACAGUGGCUUUUCUAGCCAGGAAGCUGCCUGGGGCCUUCAAUGAAGCCAAGCUGAUCACCUUCAGCAUGCUGGUUUUCUGCAGUGUUUGGGUGUCCUUUGUUCCCACCUACCUGAGCACCAAGGGGAAAUACAUGGUAGCUGUGCAGGUCUUCUCUAUCUUGGCCUCCAGUGCUGGACUUCUGGGCUGCAUCUUCCUUCCCAAGUGCUACAUUAUUGUGCUGAGACCUGAUCUGAAUACAAAGGAGCAUCUCACAAUGAAAAUUAAAUGAGGCAUCUAAUUCGUAAAAUAUUUAGGAAGGAGGAGUUACAGCUUUUAAGGAUAAUACUAUGUGUAAUGCUACUGAAUGCACCCUUCUUCUCCACCAGAUAUAGUUUGUGAAUUGGUACUGAUCUUACUUUUUCUUGGAAGGUGUCUCCAUCUGGUGUUAAGUAAUUCUAGGGAUUCUCUGAACUUCUGCAUGGAGGAAAGAAUUGAAACAUAAACCAAAAAGUUGUGACAGCUCAGGAGAGGAUACUGAUAUCCCUGUUGGGUGAUAAUGCCGAGGCCGGUGCCUCCCCCCCAACGCAGCGUCGCCCAGGAUUCAUCACUCCAGUGUCCUGUCACGCUAAUGUGGCCCAUAUCCAAGGACACGAGCACACAACAAGCAGAGUUCAAACAGAAGCUUAGCCUUGAGGUGUAACAUCUAAGCCUAAUUUAUUGCAAAUUAAAUCAAACAUAACAGAACAAAGAAAAACAUGGCUUCUCUCUCUGUCUUUCUUCCUCGGAGAAAGAACUGCAAAAGCAAUAGCAAUACAAAACGGAACAGCGUAUCUCAAUUGCCGCUAACGAGACUCCAAUAAUCAGUGCUGGAAUGUAAACAGACAUGUGACAUGUAACAAUCCCACACAUCUAAGGCACGGGAGGAAUGGAAUUCUCAACAAUCUCUUCCAACAGGGAAGGGCUGUAGCUCAGUGGUUGAACAGUGGGUCCAGGUUGAAUCCUUGGCAUUUCAGGUUGGGCUGGGUGAAUGUCCCCUGGCUGAAAAGAACCCCUGUCCACCUGUGUAGACACAAUAGACCUAGAUGGACUAAUGAUUCAACAGUACACGGCAGCUUCCUAUGUUCCUAAGAAAAUUAUCCCCACUUUCUAGGUCCUGUGCAAAUUUAUCUUAGUCUUCUGUGCCAAGACAAGAGAGGCCAACUGACAUUUCUAAAUACUUUCUCUUCCCUCUCCGGAUCCCUCUCAUGUCUUCUGCCUGGACUAGUUGCUGAGGAGGAAGAACCUUCGUUCAAUUUUUCUGAGGGCUCCAUUUCUACAUUCCUGCAGUCAAAGUACCUUCUGCAGGGGACAUGGCCUUCCCUUCUUCCACUGUUUUGUUAGUGCAGAGUUCUUUGUUUGAAGACUCGGGCGCUGGAAAUGGAGGGUGAGAAAUAUUUUAAAUAAAAUAAUAACAAAUGGGUGAGAUAAGCCGAAUGGAGAGCAGAUGAGAGGAGAAAGAACCAGUCCAGAAGUAGGAUGCCCAUGCUCUGAGGAUACAUUUUGGAGGGGAAAUCCUGAGGUUCAGUUGACUGAACUGGAUUGACUUAAAUGCCAGAGGAGAAAGUUCUGCAUGUUUCUGUGGGAAUUUCAGGGGUGUCAGGGACUGGGCAGAUGAGGAGUAGUGGUGGAGACUUCCACCUCAAGAAGCCUCCAAGCAGGAGGAAAAUGGGGAUACAAUGGACCCAGAUUAGUGGUGGUGACAAACAGGACACACCUCAGAAGAAACAAAGAGCUGAGAAAUAAUGGGAGAUGAGGAACCAGCAGAUGCUCUAGUUCUGAACAGGGACAGGACUCAGAAGUCAGAGAAACAGUACUCAGACAGUGGACACUACAUCACUUGAAAGCCUGGUGGAACCUCCUCCUUCUCCACAGACCAGGCGAUUCCUUCAUAUCUUAGAGCAGAAGGCUAAACAGAGACAGAAAUAUUCCAUUGCUAGCCACCGUAGACAGUAAGGAGGGUUUUGGAAGCUAGGAAGUGCCACAGGAGGGGUGGAGCACGCACUCUGAGCAAUGUCUUGAGACUGACGAGAGCAUAAUCCAUAGUCUCUAUGUGUGUCCUGAUGGUUUAAAUAAAAGAGCUAGCAGAACCUCUCUGUGUCUCUGAUUUCUCCAAGCAGCUAGCCUGGGAGUCAUGAUGGGGAAACAGUAAAACUGGACAUUAACAUUCAUCACAAACUAUUCUCUUUCAUUGUCCCCUAACCACUUAGUCCCACAUAACCCUACCCUGCCUUAUAAUCCAGUAGCAUUGCAGUUAAUGAUGGUGAAAAGGCAGGCAAACUGGUCAAAUCAGACAGGCACAGGAGAGAAUCUAUAGGACAGAAAUAGGAGAGGAGAGAGCCAGUCAGGAAUCAUGACCCUUAUCUCAAGUUUCAAAUGGGAUGCAGUUUUGCUCUUUGCAUUUUCUGCCAAGUUCAAAAUACAACCUGUUGGUGCAAAAAUGCCAAACUGACCACGAGGCCGUCAAUGGACAUAUAAUCUGUGGUCUGCUGUGCUCCUUCGUUUUCUUUCUUUCUUGUUAGCCUCCUGUAGUUUUAGUGGCUGACUGACAGAGAGCAGUUCUCCUGAGGAACCUUUUCAUAGCGUGCAAAUCUAAUGAUGAUUGCCUGUGAGUAAGGAUGCCUCUGAGGCACUCACUAGCAGCACAAGAGCUCUGCCAGCAAGAAAAGUGGCAGCUUUUAUUUCUGAGAACAUGAGCAGAGCUUAUGCUGCUUGUGACAUCAUACAUUAUGGCAUAAUGAUGAGCUUGUAUCUCUAGCUCAGGUCGCCUCCAUGGUAACGCCAGGGGCCAAUUUUCCUCUGCAACUGUGAGUGAGGAGGAGGAAUUAGAAUCAGAGAGAAGGGCUCACAUUGCAGACUGGGCCUCAGUCACGCUCUGCUGGCAGCAACAUGGUGGAAGACUCGAGGAGAAAAGGACCAGGAUUGUGGCGGUCAGGUGGGAUUGCUAUGAGGGAUUAUGAAAAAUGGAACAAGCCAUUGUGUCGCAAUGAAAGCAUUGCUUAACUGGGUUUGAGUCAUUGACAGUCAUUUCUGACCGAAUCCCACAAGCCUCUGCACCUCUGCCAUUUUCUUUCUCUACGCCUGACAGGGACGUAUAAGCAUUCUAAACACAGGCCAGUUGUUCACCAGGCAUCCUGAGCCAUAAAGAUAGAAGGUAGCUUUGAUUUAGCUUUUGUUAGUUUUGUUAAUCUUUAGAUAGAUCUUAAGGGCCAGAAACACAGUUUACACAGAGAUGGUAAAUGCAUUCCUCCUUGGUUCUUGUUUAUUUAGCUUAACCACGUAUGCAUGCUCAAGUAGGAAAUAAUUUCUUUGUAGUUAAAAGGAUUUCUUCUGAUCUGACUUUGUCCCAUGUGGGGGUUUUUGAAAUGUUCAAAGGAAAUCUGAUUGGUUCUUACGAACACUGUGUAAAAAGUUCUUUUGUGAAUAAAACGACCUGGGCCAAGGGGUGGACAGAUUAUUAUUGGUACUCCUCCCACAGUCUUGCUGGUCAAGCCUCGUGUGUAUUUUAUUAAUCAGGGUGCAAUCCUUCCUUGCUUUUGGAACGCAACACAGGAUAAAUUAAAGGGGAGGGAGGAUGGAUAUAGCCAGAAAAGUAGGGAUGAAGUGAGGAAUAAAUAAAGAGAAUCCAGUUGGGAGAGGUCUGAAAUGAGGUCUGUUGUCAAGUACGGGAGUUCCCAUCUUCCUUCUGGUAGCUCACCGAUAAGAAUUAAUGAACAUUUGGUAGAUUUAUUUUCCUUUUAUUACAGCAUUAUGUUGCAAGCACAAACAGGCAAUCCUCCGUAAGGAUAUCAGUUGCUUACUCUGAUUCCUCCUCACUUCCACAGCAAGAAGCACGCCAACGGGAAGUCCCUCCCCACCCCACUCGUCUCCUUUGUUCUCUGACACGCUUGGACCUCCAAGUUUGGAGGGAGGGAGGGGAUCCUACACACACACUCUCGACUUAUGUAUUGGCUAGCUGUUCUCUCAGGAUGUGGGCCUCUGCCAUUGAUUAAAGGAAUGGGGUGAGGUCAGCCAGCUCACAAGAAAGAUGCACACUUUUCCUUGACAGAAGAGGGAGAAACUGGACAGAAAUAGCGGGGGAAGGGAUUUGAAAAGGAAACAGUUGAAGGAAAUCAUCUUCCUCCUUCAUACAUGAUAAUUUCCCCUUUUAGACACCGUUUGUGAGUUGGUACAAGCCUUGCCUUUGUUCCUCAGGUUUCUCUUUCUUGGGUUACUUAAUUAUAGAAGCUGUAUGUUUCAUUGGGGAACUUGAUUGGCCUCCACCGUCACUUACGGACACAUAGAAGACAAUCUUACUUGGCUAUGAGUGAUUGCCAAAGAAGUAGCUACAAUAAACACCAGUAAGGCCUGCACACAGUUGGCCAGACUUCCAACCAAUACGCUCAUCAUCCCACAAGAAAAAGCUGGUCUUAUGCUGACAGGCAGGACAGUGAAAUGGGGCUACCCAACAGACAUGAGAAGUGUUUCUGCAUAGUGGCCGGGCAGGGUAGCAGGAGAGGGAUGAAUCCCCCUUCCCCGUUCAUAUAUAGCCUAAAAGUAAGACCAUUUCAACCUUGCCUCUUCUGCAACUGUUUCUUCAUUUCAAAGUUUGCAAAGUUCAGUCACACAACCCGUCGCUGGCCCAAACUCUGAAACGACGUCAGCGAUUUCUUGCAAACAUGUUUUUCCUGUUCAAUGAACCACACAGACAGACCCGGGAGUUGCAGUGGUAAACUUUAUUUCUCAUAUAAUUAUGAAAAUUAUAGUGGUUUAUUCUUCUCCUGAAACCAAAACUCCAGGGAUUUCUCCAGAGCUCACUAAUCUAAACAUCACCAUCAAGGGUCGUAUGAUGCAGCUUAUCACGUGGAUAGCAAAGUAACAUAAAUCCUCCUCAAAAUUAUAAAUAGAUAUUGUUUAUUAAUAAGCCUGAGGUGAGAUUUUGGGCAGGCUGAGUCUAUGCCAGUUUCUUUCACUACCUUUAAAUCUGAAUUCAUGGCUGGUCUGAAUGGCGGUGACUGUCUCUGGUGCUGCUAGAAUGAUAUCACUGCUCCUGUGCCAGGCAGCCUGGGGGAUGCAUAAGGCAAAAUGCUCGUUCAAUCUCUCCUUGUAUUUACAGGAACCAGUGAAUUAUUAUAGGUUAGGGGACUACCUUGUGAGUGGAGUCAUCUCUCCAAAACUUGCUGUAUUGGAACCCUAUGUCUUCUCCCAGCCACCUUUCAUUGGGAUUCUUGAGUAAGUAACUACAUGCUGAAGGAGUUAAUUCUGCCCCACCUGCAUUGUGACUGACCUCAGCUAACAGGGGGUGACAGACGAUAUUGGUGUGAGUUGGGGGAAAGGUGUUAGGCAGCCAGGCCAGUUUCUUGAUAGGUAAAGGGAUCCCUGACCAUUAGGUCCAGUCGUGGCCGACUCUGGGGUUGCGGUGCUCAUCUCACUUUAUUGGCCGAGGGGGCCGGCGUACAGCUUCUGGGUCAUGUGGCCAGCAGGACUAAGCCGCUUCUGGCAAACCAGAGCAGCACACGGAAACGCCGUUUACCUUCCCGCUGGAGCAGUACCUAUUUAUCUACUUGCACUUGACGUGCUUUCAAACUGCUGGGUUGGCAGGAGCAGGGACCGAGCAACGGGAGCUCACCCCGUCGCGGGGAUUCGAACCAUCAACCUUCUGAUUGGCAAGUCCUAGGCUCUGUGGUUUAACCCACAGCACCAACCACGUCCCUCUAGUUUCUUGAUAAUGACCUGCUAAGUAUGGCUCGUUCAGGUAACAAAGGAGGAGGCUUCAUGCCAGAAAACAACUGGCUGGUAGGUAGAAAGAUGAAAGCCCAGGUUGAGGUGUGUGAGCCAGAAGCUAGAAACAGGCUCUAGGUUGAUAUUUAACACCAGCUAAACUUGCUAAAAUGUACAAGACAAGAACCAAUAAGUGUUGGGAAUGUAAAGAAGGGGAAGGUAUCUUCUACCACAUGUGGACUUGCAAAGAGGUAAAGGCUUUCUGGGAAAUGGUAUAUAAUGAGUUAUAUAAAAUGUUUAAAAAUACUUUUGUUAAAAAAACAGAAGCCUUUCUAUUGGGCAUAGUGGGUGACGAGAUACCAAGGGAAGAUAAAAGACCGUUUAUGUAUGCAACAACUGCAGCAAUAAUUCUUUUAUCCCAAAAAUGGAAACAAGAAGUACCAAUGAAUGAAGAGUGGCAGAUGAAGAUGAUGGACUUUUCAGAAAUGGCGAAGCUGACAGGAAAAAUCUGAAACCAGAACGAUCAAAUAUUUCUAAAGGACUGGAGUAAAUUUAUACGAUAUCUGAAAGAUAAUUGUAAGCAAUUAACAUCACUAGCAAGGUUGUCUGAAGGCUUGUAAUGAGAAAUUUUCUAUCUUUCUAUAUUAAUUUAAUUUUUUGAGAUAUUUUGUAAUGAGUGUAAUUAGAACUGGAUAACGUAUAAAUUGCAAUGAUAUAAAGGUUAAUUUUGAAAGGUUUUAUAUUAUUAUUAUUCUUUGGCAAUCACUCGUAGCCGAGUAAGAUUGUCUUCCAUAAACACAAUUUUAACAAUGAGUCCAUAAGUGACUGUGGAGGCCAAUUCUGGAUCCACACGUCCUUCCACAAUGUUCUGCAAUGUCAGCCUCCUUAUUAUCAUGUCCUAAUUCUUGUACUUGCUUUCUUCGCUUCUCUAAUAAAGCAAAACAGCAUAUAUUCCAUUAUACUCUCCCUUUAUUAAAGAAAGAACGUGGCAUCUUGUUUUCACUGAGAGAAAAAUGGGAGGUUGUCGUAACUGUUUGUUUGCUUGCUUGCUUAUUUGCAGAACUUCUCCUACAAGAUACUGGCAUGUCCUGUCCUUCUUAUUUGCCAUUCAUGAAAUCAAUCAGGAGCCCAAUCUCUUACCCAACAUCACCCUCGGAUACAACCUCUUUGACACCUAUUUUGAUGGCAGACUGGUUUCCGCUGCCAUGCUAAACCUGCGUUCUACUGGAGAAAAGAGUAUUCCAAACUAUUUCUGUGGAACAAGGAAGAAUGCAUUGACUGUCAUUGAAAGGGCUGAAUCUGACAUCUCCAUCCAGAUUUCAAGCAUGGCAGGCAUUUACAAAAUCCCACAGGUAUGGACUUGGAUGACCACCUAUUGGAUGACCACCUAUUGGAGAUAGUGGAUGGUUUCUUUCAAUGCCUCCCACUUUUAUUUCUUGAUGGAAUUGUCUGUAUCUUGUCCACCCUGCAUAAACAUAUGUGGAACUAAGUAAGAGGGUGAGGACAGCAGACGAAGAGAGAAGCCCAGAGAUAAUAAUAAUAAUAAUAAUAAUAAUAAUAAUAAUAAUAAUAAUAAUUAUAUCCCGCCCUCCCUGGCCAAAGCCGGGCUCAGAGCAGCUAACAACAGUAAAAAUAGCACAAUUUACAUCAAAUCACAGUCAAUUAAUUAAAAUACAUUCUAAAAUCAAUUCAGAAUCAAAUUAAUGGCAUAACCAUUGGGCUAGAGUUCUAUGAGGAUUACAGAAGGAGAGAGGGGGGUCAGACUGUGCCUUGACACAACCAGGCACAACCAGAAAGUUACUCAACACAAAAAGUAUAUAUAGACAGACCAGGAGGGUCAGAGAGAGUUAGGAGUUGAAAUAAAGCUUGUAUAAAUAAAGUUACAUGUUUUAUAAUACUCCUACUUGAUUCUGAAUGAUAAUCAACACCACUUGAAACACCGGCACAAAGUCUCUAUCCAUCCACAAGUCUAUGCCUUAGUUUAGCAGAUUUUCAAUUAUAUUCAAUACCGUCUCAUGAAAGUGAUGUUUCUCCUAAGUAUUCAAGACACUUUUCCCCCUUCUCUCUGGACACACACACAACCUAGUGUGCUGAAGAAGAACAAUAUAUAGGCUUAAAACCACCAUUUACACUGGGCUCAGUGAAGGUAAGGAGGAGGUUCAGCCCUCAUAGUGGUGUCCUCAAAGAUACUUCCACUUGAUCUGUUGUUGAAGUGAAAGGUUAUCAAUUACUCAUCCUCAGCUGACAGGUCGAGCUCUUUUAGGUUUUUGUUUCUUAUGAACAGAUACCUGGUAUCCUUUCUUUCCUCACUAGGUCAGUUACGGCUUUGCUCUUGAUGAUAAAACUCAGUUCCCUUUUGUCUACCGGAUGAUCCCAAAGGAAGAAAUCCAGUACAGGGGGGUUAUCCAACUUCUCCUGCAGUUUGGAUGGACGUGGAUUGGAAUCUUUGCUCCAGACAAUGACAAUGGAGAAAGGUUCUUGAAUGCCUUGACACCGUUGAUGACUAGCAGUGGAAUUUGUUUUGCCUUCUCAGAAAGAAUACAACACAUGACAGCGUACCAAAUGAAUGAACUACCUGCCAGGUGGAGACAAGUCAAUGUAUAUGUUUAUUAUGGGGACUCGUCUUAUGAUUUUGUGCCACUAUUCCACCUACAAGAAAUAUUUGAAAAUUUACAAGCUGGGGGUAAAGUCUGGAUCACAACAGCUUUUCCAGACAUCAACAUGAAUUUGAGUUACGAUAUUGAUUUCUUCAUGUACACCCAUGGUUCUUUGUCCUUCACCAUGAAGACUAGAAAAUGGACAAAAUGUGACCACUAUGAGCCAUUCUCUGACAAAAUACAACAAUUUUGGGAGAAGUCAUUUCACUGUUCAUGUCCAGAGAAUGUGCUGCCCAUGAAAGGCUGGACAAGAUGCACAGAGAAAGAGAAACUGGAGAUUCUUCCCCAAGAGGAGAUUGAAAGGGCCCUCUCCCAAGACAGCUACGUUACUUAUAGCAGCAUCCAAACUGUGGCACUUGCCUUAAACUCGGCAUAUUCAUCCAGAUCCAAACAGAUGCUGAUGAUGGCUAGAGGAGACAGUUGGGGACGUGGAAGACUGCAGCCAUGGCAGGUAUUCCCUUUUGUUAAUUGCAACCUACUGUCUAAUUCUGGAAUCAUUGUCCUUCACUUAAAUGGUGCCCCAAAUGUGUUGAUUCAAGUGGAUGACUUCACCCUACCUGAUAUUAGAAUUUGACCUUAGGGUUCACACUGAGUUUUUAUACGUGAUGAAGCUGGCUCUGCUGAUCUCCAAAAUAUUGAAGGAGAAAGUGGGGGGCGACGAUUUAAGAAUGAAUCUCAGAUUUGACUGUGGAAAGCCAACAGCAGUCAACCACUAUGCGUCCAAAUGUGACACAGGUCCCAAUUCAUAGGAGAUUAGAGUGUUGGAGGUGUAAUAGAAUGACUGGAACCUUAUACCAUAUGUGGUGGCCAUGUCCGGAAAUUAAGAAAUAUUGGAAUAUGAUACAUGAGGAAAUUAAAAAGCUAAUAAAAACAUAAUAAAAUAGCAGAGUCAUAUUCAUUAGGAAUUUUGAAUGGAGACAUCCCGAAUGACAAAAUUAAUAUUUUCUUGUACACGACAACAGCAGCGAGAAUGUUAAUAGCCAAUAAUUGGAAAGGAAAUUACGUUCCAACUAAAGAAGAAUGGCUGAAUAAAUUAUGUGAAUACUUGGAAUUAGCAAAGUUGACUGAUUUGAUAAGACAAAAACCAAAAAAUAUAAGCCAGAAGCAAUGGAAAUGUUUAAAUGAUUAUUUAUGUAGACAAAGAUUAAAUGUAAAGUAUUUGUUGUAUUUAUAAUAGAUUUAUGAAAGAUUUUAAAAACAUUGUUUAGAAUAUUUGUGUGAGAUUGUAUGGGAAAAAUAUGGAAUAACAGAUACAAUCUUGCUUAAAAUGUAUAUAGGAAGUGCAGUGUAAGCAAUGGAAGUCAAUAAAUGAAAUUUUAUCAAUAUUUUCAUAUUGAGAUUUUGUAGAAAAAAAUUGGAAGAAAUUCUUCCAACUUUCUUUCUUUUCUCUCUCUAUUUUUUCUUCUUUUUUCUUUUCUUCUUUUUUAUAUAUGUGUGCUUAUCUGAAAUAUAUAUGUAUAUUUUGCUUAUAUUUUGUAAUAAUUAUGUUAAAUUAAUUAAUUAAUUUAAUAAUAAUAAUAAUAAUAAUAAUAAUAAUAAAGGAGGGGGAAAGAGUGCAAUAUACAAUAGGCUUCAGUACUUUCUUAAUGCUGGUAUUUUCUCUGUCAUCCCAGCUUCACCAUUUCUUAAGAAACGUCCAGUUGUUUAACACCUCCAGGGGCGGAUUGUAUUCAGAUGAGAAUGGGGAGCUGGCAGCCGAUUAUGACAUUGUGAACUGGGUGCUGUUUCCCAACAAGUCUCGUGGCAGAGUGAAAGUCGGGAGGGUAGAGAGACAGGCAGCCUCACCUUUAAAGCUCACCAUUAACCCAGAAGCCGUUGUCUGGCCUUCACAUUUCAACAAGGUAGGCAGAAUGAAUUGUGUGCCUGUCCCUUUGUGACGUCUAUUAAGCUCAAAUAACUUACAGGGUGUAUUCAGAAAAUGAACUUAUUCCUAUCCGAUUGAUUUUCUCACUAGUCUAGGGCUGAUCUCAGGGAUUAUAGAAAGAGCAGAGAGCCUUUUCAAGUUUAUGUAGCUGAGUUAUCUACUUUAGCAUGUGUUCUGAUGUCUGGACCGACCGGAUGAACACAUUCGAAACAGGGAUUUCCAUCCAGCGAUCUCAUUGUCCCAUUUGGGAUUUCACAUGACUGGAGCCCUGGCACUAUGGUUUGAGUGAUGGAGAGCAAUGCAACAAAACUCCCGGUAAUGUGGGCAGUUUUUUCCAGCCUGUGGAUUAUCCUUCAGCAGCAAGUACACUUGUAGAUAUCCGUUUCUCUUUAUUGAAUGAAGGAACGUUUGGAUGGAACUUUGGUCUUGAGACAUCACAUAUUGCACUUGAACCUGAUUUUGGGAUUGCAUACAUUAUGUAAAAGCUACAUUUAAAGAAACGGAAACUUGUUUUUACAUUUUGUCUUUGGAAAUUUCUAUAGAAUUGCGUACAGAGUUGUAUGAGCUGUGCUUCUUUAAUGUAAUAUAUGCAUAAUCUGAGUGGCAACUGGACACUGGAUUCCAAAAGUCGCCAGUCACCCUUUGGCUCAGUGCCCUCCUUCCAGUGCCAAUAAAACUGCCACAUAUUCCCUUUUCUUUCUUUCUUUUGUUAGAUCAUUUUAAUUAAUUUUCCAGUAAAAGACAUCCAACUAACAUAUCAAAUCAUAAUCCAAUAAAAAUAAAAAACUGAAAUAAAAAAGGUCGAAUUCUCUUCCGAAUUGUAAAAUUUUAAUUUUACGGCUUCCCAUAGUCUGAACCUUGAAGCAUGUCCAAAUCUCAGUCCUGCUUCUCGUCGAUAUUUCCAUAUUUCCACAUCUCGAUUUUAACGCUCCAAACUUCUUUGUCUCUGGCUCUGCGAUCCUCAAUCAUGUCAGAAAUCAUAUAACCGUUCAUCUGUCGAAUACAGAUUUGUUUAUGUAAUAUACUUUUUCAACUGUGUGUGUAUAUAUAUAUAUAUAUAUAUAUAUAUAUAUAUAGUGUGUAUAUAUAUAUAUACACACUAGCACAGCUUCAUCUGGCUCCAUUCCAAUCUGGGCUGUUAUCCAACUCUCUGAAAAUUAACGUCAUGGCAACUCCCAAAUUGUUAAUCCUUCCCAUCCAAGUUGUUGUCCAAACCUUCCUUUUAAGAUUUGGAAAUACAGUACCUUCCACUUAUUGAAUUGUUCUUCAUAAUUAUUAAGCAGACUGUUUGCUGUAUUGCAGUACAGUGGUACCUCGGGUUACAUCCGCUUCAGGUUACAGACUCCACUAACCCAGAAAUAGUACCUCAGGUUAAGAACUUUGCUUCAGGAUGAGAACAGAAAUUAGGUGGCAGCAGCGGGAGGCCCCAUUAGCUAAAGUGGUGCUUCAGGUUAAGAACAGUUUCAGGUUAAGAACAGACCUUCGGAACGAAUUAAGUACUUAACCCGAGGUACCACUGUAUAUCAGUCAUUUGGCAAUCGAUCAGCCUUCCUGAAAACCACCCAGUCCCCUCUCCGGGCCCUAGAGGGGGGACAUAUUCCCUUUUCUUAACAACUAUGUCCUCUCCUAGCUUAGUAUCAGACGUAUGAUCUCUCCUUGGCCCUCUGCUCUGAGAUAAUUGGAGCAGCAAAAUUAUGUACGCCAAAGUACUUUCUAAGCCAUGCACUAGAGCAUCAACAAUAUUUACCUAAAAGGGGGGGGGAGGUAGGGGAAUCCAUUGGGGUCAUUCCAAACCCUAUGACUCACUUCCAUACCCUAACAAUUUCCCUUCGAUGCUCCUUUACUUUAUGGUUAGACAAUGCCUCGCUCCAGGUGUACCAAAAGCUGUCGACCUGGAUAUGCCAAGGUGGUUCAAGAAGGAGAGCCCAUUUGCUGCUAUGCUUGUGCUUCAUGUAUGGAAGGGACAAUCUCCACCCAGGAAGGUGGGUGACUCCAGGGGAGAGGGCAUUUGAAAUAUACUCAGAGUCGCAAAGUGAUUUCAUGCUCUUUAUUCAGCUCAUAGUGGUGAGGCGGGAAUGGAAGUCCCCUCAAAGUAUCUGCUUUAUAUACAUUAUUUACACAAUGGGCUGCACGUGAUUGGCUAAUUCCGGAAUUCUCCUGUAGGCCAAUCAGGUUGUGGAUUCACUUCUAUCUGGAGCUGGAUUGGGUGGCUCCUGCAGACCAAUCAUACUGCUGCAUUGUUCUAGGACCAAUCAGACUGCUGCAUUCUGAAUCCUAUUGUUCUAGGACCAAUCAGACUGCUGCAUUUUGGAUCCUAUUGUUCUAGGACCAAUCAGACUGCUGCAGUUUGGAUCCUAUUCAACUCAGUACAUAACAGCAUUCUUUGGGAGAACUGAGAUAGGGCAGAGAUCCAAUAAAAGGCUGACAAGGAAAACAGUAAGAGAAAAAAGAGAAAGGUAGAGAGGGAAACGAAGACAGAAGUGUCUGACGUGCUCUGGUUCAUGGGGUCACGAAGAGUCGGACACGACUAAAUGACUAAACAACAACAACAACAACAGAGAGGGAAACUGUGCACAUCAAAGAAUGCAUGGAGGAGAGGUGGAGAGAAACAGGCACUUGGGGGAGGUAGCAGAGUACACAUAGAAUAGUAGAAACAUGGUUGGAAGGGACCCCAAGGGUCAUCUAGUCUAAAGCCCUGCAAUGCACACUGAGUGUGAAAGGAGAAAGGCAAAAAAAAAUGGUAGGCUAUUAAUAAAAAUGCCAAGAGGCAUGUAGAGGAGAGAAGGGGUGUGUGUGCUUCUCUGUUUAGAGUUAUUAGAUCAAUAUAUUCUGCACAAAAGGGGGAGGUGGAAUCACAAUGCCUAGAGAACCAGUGCUUAUGCUGAACUAUGGAACUCCCUGCAGCGUGGAAAGAAUGUCACAGUUUGCAUCUAAAUCAUGACUGUUGCCCUUAGUAGUUUCUAGCCAUUUUUAAUCGGCCCUAGGGAGAUAACGUGUGAGAACCUCUGCCACAAUGAAUUACAUGGCUUCAACUAGGGCCAGGGCCUUUUCAGCACUGGCCCCGACGUGGUGGAAUGCUCUGUGACAAGAAACUAGGGCCCUGCGGGACUUGACAUCUUUCCGCAGGGCCUGCAAAACAGAGGUGUUCCACCUGGCCUUUGGUUUGGACUCGGUCUGACACUUAUGUUUCCCUCCACUUAUGGUCUUGAUUUAUCAGCUACUUUAAAAUGAGGCAGCAUUUUAAAUUGCAUUUUAACCUGUAUUUUAAAUUGGUUUUCCUCCCUUUUCCUUCACCCCCCUCUCUUUCCCCCCAUUAUGUUUUUACUGUGAUUUUAUUGGUGUUAGCCGCCCUGAGCCCGGCUCUGGCCGGGGUGGGUGGGGUAUAAAUAAUUUUUAUUAUUAUUAUUAUGUUAGUUUUUUUUCUUUUUAAUUGCCUUGGAAUGCACACUGCAGGAGAGAUAGUUUGGGGGAUUUGCCCACAGCAAAUAUAACCUUUUGUGAUUCUAAUCUCCCUCUGUUUUAAAUGUGAUUUGGACAUGCUAAUCUCUAAAGAUACAAGCCUGAUUCUCUUAUUUAUGUUACGGCUACUAAAUUUGCUCCCCUUCCUUUCAGAUGCAGGCUAUUGCACCAAAUGUCCAGAUGAUCAGCAUCCAAACAAGGACCAAAAUCAAUGUGUCCCCAAGAUCACCACUUUCCUUGCCUACAUCGAACCUUUGGGCCUCAUCCUAGCUUCCUUUGCCCUAUUCUUGUCCAUAACCACAGUAUUUGUUUUAGGAAUCUUCAUUAAAUACAAGGAAACUCCGAUAGUCAAAGCCAACAACCAGGACCUCUCCUACAUCCUCCUCAUCUUCCUCGUACUCUCUUUUUCAUCUUCAUUCCUGUUCAUUGGUCAGCCAAUGAACACAACCUGCCUCCUCCGACAAACGGCCUUCAGCAUCAUCUUCUCAGUUGCUGUGUCUUCUCUCUUGGCCAAAACCAUCACCGUGGUGCUGGCCUUCCUGGCCACAAAGCCAGGGAACAGGGUGAGGAGAUGGCUGGGGAAGACCUUUGCCAACGCCAUUGUCAUUUCCUGUUCCAGUGUCCAACUUGUCAUCUGCACCAUCUGGCUAGGGAUCUCUCCUCCUUUCCCUGAUUCUGAUAAGCACUCCCAGCCUGGGGAGAUCAUCCUGCAAUGUAACGAAGGAUCUGUUGCCAUGUUUUACACUGUCCUUGGCUACAUGGGCUUCCUGGCUGCCAUCUGCUUCACGGUGGCUUUCCUGGCCAGGAAGCUGCCUGGGGCCUUCAAUGAAGCCAAGCUGAUCACCUUCAGCAUGCUGGUCUUCUGCAGUGUUUGGGUGUCCUUUGUGCCCACCUACCUGAGCACAAAGGGGAAAUACAUGGUAGCUGUUCAGGUCUUCUCCAUCUUGGCCUCCAGUGCUGGGCUUCUGGGCUGCAUCUUCAUCCCCAAAUGCUACAUUAUUGUACUGAGGCCUGAUCUGAAUACAAAAGAGCACCUCUCAACAAAAACAAAAGAUGGCAUCUGAUACUUAGUUCUCAAGAAAGGGACCAUUUUCUAAGGAAAGGAAAGGGGCCAGAAUCCUGGCUUCCAUUGGAGGCAAACAAAAUUCUCAAAAAGAUACAGAACCUCCUGCUUCCUAAAAGAUUUUCAGGUUCCCUCUUCUUUUUCCAUACCACAUGCCUUCUCCGUAGUGGCACCCAUCCUGCGGAACGCCCUCCCAUCAGAUGUCAAGGAGAUAAAUAACUAUACAACUUUUAGAAGACAUCUGAAGGCAGCCCAGUAGAAAGGGUCAUGCAUGAAGUAAUUGUGUAAAAAAUGCUAUAAAAGUGCCUUGAAAGGUAUGCUUUUUGCUCACUCUUUUGAGAAAUUCCACUCGGCCAAUUUGAGUUGCCGCUUGAAUAAACCUGUGCUUUUUCCACACACUGUUGUCCUCAUUGGCUUGAAGAACUGGCGUAGCCUAGACCCUCUUUGGUAGGGUAAACCCUGAACCUAUUUCAAUGUUCUCGGACCUACUAAAAUCUCAAUAGAUUCACUGCAAUAUAUGCUGAUCUACUGAUUGUCUGGCAGGGGGGGCAUACAUUCAGAUGAGGCAGAUCUACUAAUAUUUGGCCAUAACAUUAAUUUUUCUUAAAAUGCACAACAAAGCAGCAGUUAACUCUGCAUCUGUUGGUUAAGAGCAGUGGACUCGUAAUCUGGUGAACCAGGUUCGCGUCUCCGCUCCUCCACAUGCAGCUGCUGGGUGACCUUGGGCUAGUCACACUUCUUUGAAGUCUCUCAGCCCCACUCACCUCACAGAGUGUUUGUUGUGGGGGAGGAGGGAAAGGAGAAUGUUAGCCGCUUUGACACUCCUUCGGGUGGUGAUAAAUCGGGAUAUCAAAUCCAAAAUAAACUAUAGAGACUGUGCGUUCUAUGGCUUUGAGGGACAAGUUUGAUUUCUUUUCCUAUUAGGGUAAAGAAUACUGGGUGAGUCGGAGCAAUAUUCUGAUUCAGAAGGAGGCAACCUCAGGCCUGCAAAAUAUUCAGGAUAAUAUCCUGCAGAACAUCCAUGGUUUGUGAAUGAAUCUAGAUAAUCAACAAAAAUGGUGGAUUUACUCUGAUCAAUAGGACAAUGAAAUCUCCCUCCUUGUGCACAUAAUAAUAAUAAUAAUAAUAAUAAUAAUAAUAAUAAUUUAUUAUUUAUACCCUGUCCAUCUGGCUGGGUUUCCCCAGCCACUCUGGGUGGCUUCCACUGAAUAUUAAAAACAAUACAGCAUCAGACAUUAAAAACUUUCCUAAACAGGGCCGCCUUCAGUUGUCUUUUAAAAGUAAAAUAGUUGUUUAUUGCCUUGACAUCUGAUGGGAGGGUGUUCCACAGGGCAGGCGCCACUACCGAGAAGGCCCUCUGCCUGGUUCCCUGUAACCUCACUUCUCGCAGGGAGGGAACCGCCAGAAGGCCCUCAGAGCUGGACCUCAGAAGAAGGAAGGCAUUACUGCUUGCUUGGGGAGGGAAGAGGGAUGGGCAGACCGCACAAUGCAGGUAUGUGGUAGUUCAAAUGGAGCCUAAAAGAAUGAGCAGAGCCAUAGCUAGGAGGGGCGGGGGCCACUGGGCCCCACACCGCAGUGGACAGCACUUCUUGUGCCCAAGCCAAGCGUCUCUCCUGGGAGUGACGCGGUGGCUCAGGCACCUGCAGGCUCCACAAUGCCCAAAAGGGCAGUGUGGGGCAUGCAUCUACCCACUGCCACCCCCUGAGCCACUCUACAGUUGAGGGGGAGACAGCAGACAGUCUCCCUGCAGGCUCUUCGCAGCUCGAAAAAGCAACGCAGGCCUGCAGGGUGCCAGAGCAGAAGAGGGCUCAGGCACUGGGAUUCUGGCGUGCCCUGCCCCACCCCACGGGGGCCUUGCGCCACCCCCAUGCACCCAAGGGGCUAGCUAUGCUGCUGAGAAUGAGCAUUUGGAUCCUGCCUCUAUGAAAUGAUUUCUUCAAUACAAAGUGUGCCGAGUCCAGCUGCUCACUGGCUGUCCCAUCUCCAGCUAUGGAGACCCAUCAGUGAUAUCUCGCAAACAUGUUUUUCCUCCAGCUCUGCACCUCUUCCUUGAGCCAUGGAGAGGCGCCAGCAGGUUGCAGAGGUGGACCUUCUUCCCCUUUAUAAUUACGAAAAUCAUAAUGGUGUAUUCUUCCCCUCACACCAAAGCUCCGGGGAUUUCCCCUGAGACCAAUAAUACAAACAUCUGAAUCCAGAACAACAUGUGGCGACUUCCUGCAGCAAGCCAGAAAGAAGAACUGUGACAUAAAUACUGUUGGGAUUCUAAGGGUGAGGUACCCAUGCUGCGGAAGUUGCCGCCAGCUCCAUUCACCACACAGAGGCAGCUGUAGGUUCUCAAUAGUUUAUUGCUGCAGAAGAUCAGGCUUCAGCAAUGCAGUUGCAGACACUGAUAUAUACAUACAGCUUGUGGUGUUUGCAGAUACAGAUACAGAAAUAUACAAGUACAAAGUAAUUCUAUUGCUCCAGCAAUUCCAUGACGUAACCCAGACUUUGACUCAUUUCACAAGACUCCCUCACUGACUAAUAAGCUGACAUUAGCAACUGGCUUGCUUGGCUAACCUCCUUCCUCCAUGUUCAGUUCCUCCAGCAAAUUUCUUGGGGGAAAAGAUUAAGUCCUGUGCCAGUGGGAGUCUGAUCUGAGAUCGAGGAAAGGCAGGGACUGGGCGAUUGGGAAGCUUUCUCUUCCUGACUUUAGAUAUGAAUCCAUGGCAAGAAUCCAGCUGUGUCCUUGAUGUCAUUGCUGCCAUGAUGAAGGCGACUGGCACAGGCACUGCUAGAAUGGUAUCUCUGCUGCUGCUGUUGUUGCUGCUGCUGCUAAUGCCCCAGGCAGUCCACGGACACAGGACAGAGUACUGCCAUGUAUUCCUGCCUCGUUAUCCAAAUCAGCCUGCAAAUUAUUACAGGACAGGAAACCAUCUCAUUAGUGGAAUCAUCUCAUCAAAAGGUGGUUUAGUUGAACCAUACGUCUUCUCCCGGCACCCCUUAACCAGGUUUAUUCUGUAGGUACCUAUGUAUUGAUGGAUUUUAUGCUGCCAUAUCUGUAUCCUGGCUGUCCCCAAGUACAAGGGACAACCUCUAUUUUCUGGUCCAUCUGAUCAAAUUCUGUCCUUAUUUUGAUUCCAACAGCUCCUUCAGGCAACCUUGUUACUUAGCAUUCACCUUCAUUUGCCUGUAGAAAGCUUAGCUUGCUGUUAUAUUAUGUCUUCAUUGUGGAUUCUUUCUAAUUUGUUGGUGGACAGCUAUGAACAUUUAUUAUAUCUAUAUUCAUGCUGAUUUGCUUGCUGGGUGUUUAGGUAUUUUCCCACUUGGAAGCAGCCAAGAUGAGCAGUUUCCUAACAUUUCAAAUCUCUUUAAAUUGCAUUUGAUUUUGAUCUUUGAAGGCAAUGGGCUUCCCAUCAGAAACAGUAAACUCUCCAUUUUCUCUUAAAUGGCAAAGUAAUAUCUAACUUGCAACCACAGUACACGCCCCAUAAAAACAAUACAGACCAAUAUUUGGGGACGAGCUAUUUUAAGAUUUGUGUAAAGGCCUUUAGAUUGAUAAGGGAAAUAAUGUGAUAUUUUGUGUUCACUGAAAGGAGAACGGCAGUCUAUCAGUACUAUUGGUUUCUUUGUUUGCAGGUUCGGUUCUACGAGAUAUUGGCAUAUCCUGUCCUUCUUGCUAG